AUGCACCUCAAGAAACACCUGCAGAGAUCCACAGGGAAGAGAACUCACUGCUGCUCUGACUGUGGGAAGAGAUUCACCUCCUCAGCAGGCAUUAAAAUUCAUCAGAGAACACACACAGGAGAGAAGUCUUUAAGCUGUACUCAAUGUGAGAAGAGUUUUACUUCAUCUAGCCAUCUGACUCGACACCAGAGAAGACACACAGAAGAGAAACCUUAUGGCUGUGAUCAAUGUGGGAAGAGUUUUGUUCGAUCUGGCCAUCUGACAGUGCACCAGAGAAUACACACAGGAGAGAAACCAUAUUGCUGUGAUCAAUGUGGGAAGAGUUUUACUGACUCUAGUGGUCUGACUAAACACCAGAGAAUACACACGGGUGAUAAACCUUAUAGCUGUGGGCAAUGUGGGAAGAGUUUUGUUCAAUCUUCAGAUCUGACAGUGCACCAGAGAAUACACACAGGAGAGAAACCUUAUAGCUGUGGUCAAUGUGGGAAAAGUUUUGCUUCAUCUAGCAUUCUGACUCUACACCAGAGAAUACACACAGGAGAGAAACCUUAUAGCUGUGGUCAAUGUGGGAAGAGUUUUGUUCAAUCUGGCCAGCUGACGUUACACCAGAGAACACACACAGGAAAGAAACCUUAUAGCUGUGAUCAAUGUGGAAAGAGUUUUGCCUCAUCUAGCAUUCUGACUCUACACCAGAGAAUACACACAGGAGAGAAACCUUAUAGCUGUGGUCAAUGUGGGAAGAGUUUUAGUUUUGUUCAAUCUGGCCAGCUGACAUUGCACCAGAGAACACACACAGGAGAGAAACCUUAUAGCUGUGAUCAAUGUGGAAAGAGUUUUGCUGCAUCUAGCAAUCUAACUCUACAC